AACCAUCUUUCAAAAUAUAUCUAUGUGUGAAUCAAAUAAAUUGCUAGAAGGGCUACCGUUUUUACCCGGAAACACAUUCAGAGACCCCACACAAAGUAAUUUUCAUUUGUCACACACUCUAAGUUUGAAGAAUGGCUUUCAUUAUGCAAAACCAUAUCCGGAAGUUGGAAUUGGAGGCCGUCCUUUAAAAGUCAACCAGCUGACUGAAGAAGAGUUAGACGAGCUAGCUAACUUUCAACCCAGUCUGACGUACGGAAAAGCGAAACAAUCCCCUCCUUCUGAAUUCGUCCCAGCUCAUGUAGCUUUACAAAAUAAAGUCCUUCGGUUCUAUGGCUAUUUCAAGGAGACAGUUAAUGAGUCUCCGGAUGAGCAAUAUAGAGUCCGACUGGUACAAAUAUUUUACUUUUUGGAGGACGAUAGCAUGUCUUUAGUGGAGCCACCACAGAAUAACAGUGGUAUACCUCAAGGUAAAUAUUUUAUUGUGAAAAAUUAUUUCCUGGAAAUCUCUUCCAUUUCAACUUUUUCGAAAUUUAAAUUCGGUGAAGUUAACUUUCCGUUUUAUGAAGUCGUCAUACAGAGGUGAAAAGCUUUAUCGAAAUGGGUGUAACGUAAUCAUAUUUAUUCGAAAAAACGCAGUUACAAAUAUGAUUAUUAUGGAAACAACCAUCAGCCGGUUUUGGUUUUAAGAAAUUAAUGAGAAGUUGUAUCAAACUUUGAAAGUGGUAGUUCGCAAAUGCCUGCUAAACUUACUCGACGCAAAUAGUGAACGUCAUAUUAUAUUAUCUAACUAUUCUUAUCUCUAAAGACUGGGAACGAUAUAUGUUUCUAUUAUGUUUUACUAGCAUUUGCUGUUUCCCGUCUUUCAUUUGCAGCUUCCAGGAAGGCAGUGGUUUUCGUGAUCUAGAUAAAUUUUUAUUGUGAUGAUUGGUUUCAGAUUCGGAUUUAAAUUUGUUGUUUGAGGAUAGGAGGCUUAGAGCCUAUAUUAAUCCUUUUCCAGUAGAUUUCUGUGCUUGUCUAAUCCCUUUUCGAACAAGUGAAUUGAUGACGCAGACACCACUUCUUUUGUGAGUCGGUUAUAGGUGCUGAUUACUCGGGACGAGGACCAGCACUCUGCGGAGACUGUUAGUUCUUUGAUUUUGUAGCCUCCUGCUAUAUUCUCUGAGGUGUUCCUACCUAGUGGGAUGGCUGGGAAGAUCCUUUCAUUUUCUUGAGGGAAUAAUUUGCAGGUGCAGAAACAAGGUGCUCGUUGAAAGAAUUCCUGUGAUCCACAGCUGAGUGCAAGAAGCAAACUGUCACUCCGGCUAAGUUUGCUUUGACUUCUUGAUGAUGUCCUGUCAGGUGAUCAGUUUUAGAAAGAGGCGAUAAACUGGCAGCCAAAGCACUACUCAGAAAGUGAGGAACUAGAAUAGAGUCUCCAGUUACAUUGCUAUAAGAUGGUGAAAACAGAUUAGUUCAUUCGGCCUCUUAACCGUUUUAUUUAUCACUAUUUGAACCUGUUCUAACAUAUCUUAUGCGUAUUUAAGACUUAAGCUCUGUGGUUAGAUACGAUAUUAAGUGAGUUUUGAAAUACGUGAAAUAUGACACCCGAAGUAUCUUCAACAAAGCCUUGAAAAGCCUUACGAAGGGACACCAUGAAUAGAAGAGCUUUAGCAUCUAAUGCUCUGAAAUUAUCUGGGACUUUGAAGCCUCAACUUACAAUGUCUCCUAAAUCCUUAUUUUGAAAAACCGUAGGAAGUAAAAUGUAAUCAUUCAUGUAUUCAUUUGGAUCGUCAAGCCAAAUCUUCGUUUGCAAGAAAAUUCUCUGGGCAAGAAUGACCACACCUUAAUCUAUGCUGUUCAUUUGGAGGACAUCUAUCUACAGAACAACAACAUGAAUGGACUUUUGGAUUGUGUUGGUUAGAUUAACUAGACUAUGGUUAGCUACUAAGUAUACAGAGUCUUUGGGGAAUCGAACACAUUAUCUUUUUCGAUUAAAUUUCAUGGAUACUGAGACAAAACUGAUCUACAUUUUUCGAUUUCGGUGCUUCAGGUUUACAAAAGAGUAUAGUGAACAAAAACACAAAACUCUAAAGCAAAAGAUAGCAAUUGCUUUCUUUACAUUAGUUUCAGUGAACCAGCACUUUUCUGAUCCAUAGGCUGAUCUGAAUUAACAUCUAAUAUCUCUACAAUAUUGUUUAUAAAAAUUGAGAGGAAAUGUAACUCAUUUAUAUGCGCAGAAGUAUAGGAUUGGGGUAAUCUAAAAACUUAUACAUAUACCAACCAAGUGUAGUUUAUAGUGGCCAGCUGCAAUACUAGGUUUCAGUCAUGCCAUUAUAACUAACUGGGUAUUUCAAUAAAAUAGGCUUUAUGUGUACUACAUGAUAUAUUCCAACUUUAUCAGGCCUUGGUAUGAUAUUAAAGUGUCUGAACCCAUUUGACCGAAACUGUGUUAGAGUUCAUUACUGAGUAUUUUAUUCGUGAACAUGAAAUAUAGGUCAAACACAAUUUCUUGAUGGACCUUCAAAUAUUUUAAAUCCAAGUCGCUUGAAAACACUGACUUAGGUUUUUAUCAGUAUGUAAGCAUUUUUGGCAAAUAUUUAACUUGGGUGUAUCCGGCUUUGUCAUAAAUCUCCUUCAAGAGAGUUUAUCAGUGAUCUUACCAAAGAGGGAAUAUAGCAAUUUAAGCGGCAAUUUUUACUUUCAGCUGAUGUUCAGUCUCUUCUGCUAUAGUUUUGCUUAGUAGGAGUGCUGAGCAUGUGACCUAUAGGCUCAACUGUUCAUUGUUGCCUUCUGGUGCAAGAGGAAAGAAAUGUUUUAAAGUACUACACUGAUAAUGACAUAUAAGCAGACGACUAGGGAACUAUGUUUGUUUAUUCUCUUCAGCAAUUAAAAAACUACAGCUUUUAAGAGACCGAAUUAGAAAAUUACUGGUUCAUAAGCAGUAUAAGCAACUUAUCAUAGCUACUCGCAAGCUUCUCCAUGUUAAUUGACCUUCUAAGCCGAAAUUAAAUAAGUAACUAGAAAAUGCUUUCAUUGUGAUGAAACCUGAUUGUGCCUAAACAAAGAUACCGAAACAUGGAAUAUGCCGACAAAAAGUUUUGGUCUCCAGUAGGGAAUUAACUGAGACUUUAUCUUAGGAUAUCAGCCAGUAAUAAUCCAAGUUCCACCAUUUUGUGUUGAUGUUUACAUAUCACCACCAUGAAAAACUUGAUGACAGUCUUUAUUAUGAUCCCUUCGACAUAUUCUGCCUAUGUACCAAUUAAAUUCAGUUGGAAGAAUCCUGAAUUUCACAUUUAUUUAUGAAAUAAAAGCGGCACUAUAUAAAACCACAUGAACAUAACUCAUCGUUGGUUGUCAGGAGACCAUCUAGUGGGUCUGUGACCAUUUGAGUUGUUACCUAAUUUGGACAUCUUAGCCAAUGGUGGUCAACAUAAACAUUUUAUUUAACAAGCACGAUCAUACAGUUUAGUUUAUACUAUUACGCACCACUAUCCUAUUUAAUUUAUCUACAUACAUUGCUAUAAGUAUAUGGUCUGAAUUGUCAUACUUUGGGAGUGUAUUUGUAUGUUACUGCACGUAAGUUCAAAAAAUUUACCAAAGCCAUGCAUCGCACUUCUAAGGAAUGAUCAGCGACAGUAGAAGCAAUUUGUAACGAGUCUGUGGGUUGAAAAUGUGUUACAUAAUAUCGAAUCGGAAAUUCUGUUCUCGGUUCUCUGUAAUGAAAACUUGCUUUGGAGGAUGCACCAACUAAAUAAAGUAAGUCUCAAGAGAUCUCAUCGCAUGUCUCAAAGCUUAAUUCAGAUAAUUUGUGUUUCCUCUUUCACCUUCUCCUGAAAAUUUGAUAUCAUAAUAUGGUUUUAUUUGUUUUUACCUAUCCAGUUGCAGUCGAUCGGUUUCGUUGGUUUUUGAUGUAUACCUCAGCUUGAAAAUAACUUGAAUUUGCGCCUCAUUGUGAAAGGUUUUCACAAUAAUUUCACCAAUAGUUCACAUUUAUCGAUAGUUUACCGUGGGUGGUGUUUUAAUAAAGGCUAUAUUGACUUAUAUCUGAAGUCCAAUCGACAUGAUUUCUUGUGGGAUAAUGUGGUGAGUACAAUAAAAAGUUUCAUUACUUCAGUUAUUCUGGAUACCACUUAAAAAAAAAGAGGGAAAAUAUGUUUGUCAUUUAAACCAAUUAUCUAUACAGUCGUAAAAGAAGAAAGAAGAAAAUAAUUGCAUGAGCAUUUUAUACUGUUUCGACAGUUUAAAUCCACUCAUUAGUUGUAAGUACUAAGGAAGACGAGUGAUAUUUUGUCCUGCUCAGUCAUCCACAUUCAAUAGCGUUUUCCUUUUACAUGUCUUUCGUACAAAUAAUGAUAAAACUAUUUGAGCAAAUUAUCUUCUCCUGAAAAAUUUCAUAACUUAUGAACUGAAUAUAAACCAGGCUUCAUUGAAAAUAAAGAAACUUACUUAAAAUAAAUUUCUGUUCAUCACUACAGGUAAACUAGUCCGUAGGCACAGAAUUCCAAAGAAUGAUGUUGGUGAUUGUUACAACUGGCGUGAUCUUAACCUGGGCAAAAGUUUAGCUAUAUAUGGCCGAGUUUAUCGCAUAACAAACUGUGACAAGUUUACAAAGGAUUUCUUAGAGAGUGAAGGAGUUGUAGUCAAUGAGCCAGAGCUAGAACCAAUUGAUCCAUAUCUAGCUGAAAGAGCUAAACGUGAAGCAAUAGCUCUUGGUAAAACGCCUUCGUCAUUUGAUAAACGACGUCAAUAUCUUGAACUGGAUCGUAAAGUUUUGCGGUUUUAUGCUGUACAAGAUGAAAGACAUGAAAUGUUCGGUGAUUGUCGUAAAUUUAUUAUACAUUAUUACUUAGCUGAUGAUACCUUGGAGAUAUGUGAGGUUCAUACAGUGAAUGAUGGUCGUGAUCCAUUUCCACUACUGCUAAGACGUGAAAGGAUACCGAAGAGCCGUGAUGAUAUACCGUCAUCAUUUCCAAGUAUAAGUAUGGAGAUUUCAGCAAAUGAAGUGAAAGAAUACUUUGCACCGAAAGAUUUUCGUAUUGGUCAGUCGGUGAAUAUACUUGGUCGAAAGUAUUUAAUAUAUGAUUGUGAUAAUUUCACAAAAGCCUGGUAUCAUAAUAAUUUUGGAUUAACUGAUUUUACUCCACUGGAUGUAGAGAUUAAACAACCAGAAAUGCCAAAGAAAGAAAUCCCACCGUAUACUGGUUAUGGUACAAUUGAAGAUAGCCUAUCCUCAACGAAAUCAUUCAUACUGAAGCCACCAAAAGUUGAUUUUGCUAAACAAGUGGAUUAUGCCCAGAAAGUUUUAAGAUAUGAAGCUCACUUAGACAGCGUUCGACCAGAAGAUGCAUCCAGACGAUUUAUUAUAUCUUAUCGUUUAGCUGAUGAUAUGAUAUCAGUUUUUGAAACUCCAAUGAGAAAUUCAGGCUUCACUGGUGGAACAUUUCUUAAAAGAGCAAGAGUUGCUAAACCUGGAAGUACAUUGGAUAACCCAGUUUAUUAUGGUCCUGCAGACUUUUCACUAGGCUCAAAAAUCGAUAUAUUCGGUUCACGUUUCAUUAUAACCGAUGCUGAUGAAUAUGUUGUUAAGUUUCUUGAAGCAAAUCGUGAUCAGUUCCCUGAGGAAUUAAUCACUUGUCUACGUACACGUUUAACAGAAAAAGAAAAUCAGGAGAAAGCAAAAGAACACUUAAAAUACAAAGUGGGCAAAGGAUGCCAUGUUGAAUUUAGACGACAAGAAGGCGACACUGGCGAUAUUAUGGAUGAAGUAAGAACUCAACUAAAAAGGAUGGCGAUUACGGAUAAAUGCAGGAUUGAUGAUAUGUUUCUUACAUAUAAUAAAAAUAGACUUGGUUUUAUCGAUAUUGAAAAUCUGAAGGAUAUGUGUAAGAAGAUAAACAUCCCACCAGAUGUGGAUGUUCUAAAUGCGUUACUUGAUAAGUACGGUACUAAUGGAAGAAUGUCAUUGGAACAAUUUGGGAAAUUUUUUGAAUUACCCUAAUCGAUAUGUAACGGGCAUCAUGUUCAGUUUUGAGAAAAUUAAAAAAAAAUGUGUAUGUUUUAUUUGUUGUGUAGCUGCAAUGUGGAAAAUGACUUCUAGUACUCCUUCUUCGUAAUUAUUAUUUAUUUAAUUUGGUGAUCACUCUUUCUAAGUUUAUGUAUACAUAUUCGCAUGUCAUUGCAUGACAUCCAAUAGAGAUAAAUUUACUCAAUAAAUUAUGACCAGAAUAAAGUCAGAAAACACUUCUAAUUAAAACAAUAUGUUAUUGUAUAUUUCACCAGAAAAUCGAAAUGUUUACGAAG